AUGCAGUUUUCUACGCUCACAUUUGGUCUCGUUGCUAUGCUUAUGGCUGCUCUCCCUGCCAUUUCCGCUCCGCAGAGUGGCCCCGAGUUCGACGAUGCUGAAUUCAUGCUUCCUGAUGUUCCCUCCGAGGUUGCCAACAUGUUCACACCCCCUGAGGGCCUGAAAAUCAUCACCGACACUACCCUUCCACAGAUGACCGAGGGGCUUGCUAGUGUCUUGAUGACUAUGGUCACCGCCAUCGGUGUUACCACUACUCAACCUCCUUCCCUGAUGCUGCCGACCUCCACCGGGGAUGUGGUACCGCAGCAUGAUCAUGAUCUUGACAACAUUGAGGACAUGGAAGAUAUCGAGGACAUUGCGCUGCCAACUCAACUUGUUUCCCUUCCAGUCUUCACUUACUCCUCGAGUGCUGCUACCGAGACCGCUUCUUCCGUCAUUACUAUUCCAACAUCCAUCAAUGCUACCACUACCGGCAACGGUACUCAUACUCACACCAUGACAAUGCCAACCGCUCUUGCCAACUCCGCCAGCGGUUUGCAACCUUUCUUGCUCUCCGCUACUACUCUCCUCGCCCUUGGUAUUGCGAUUUUGGCGUUGUAG